AUGGAUCUAGAAAAUCAAAAGCACUAUAAUAAGCGCGCUUUACAGGACGGAGAAGCGUUUAACAUGGAGUGCUUCAAAUACCUCGAUGACCACUUUAGCCGGGAAGUGAUUGAAUCUUUGCAUGUCUGCUUAAAGCAGCAGCCUUCGAAUCCAGUCGUGUUUAUAGCUGAGCAGCUGCAUCAAGCAUCAAAAAGGAAUUCUAGCUGUGAAAUAAAGGGUGAAAACCCAAGAAGCGAUCAUCUUUCGUAUGUCGAGGGAAGUGGUGAUCUUUGUUUUUAUUAUCCAGGUGGAGUAUAUGCUGAGCUGAAGCCUUUGGCUCAUUUAGCUAAGCCGCUAGAAAGAAUUUCCCCACAUGUUCCCGUCGCGAAACUCGUCGCGCCUACUUCCUAUGAAAUCAUCACUGCGAUGCAGUACAUGGAGGUUGAAGUAAUAAUGACUCAAAAGAAAGUAAAAGGCCCUGCUAUUAAUGAUAGUGUUAGCCUUUCAAGGCCCACCACAGGGGUUGCUAGCAUGACCUUCACACCUGCAUCGGCGCCACUGCUUCUUAUUGUCGAGCCGCCGGCAGUCCCCUCGGAGGUUGUUUUCAUCAAGGGGAUCCCUUACUCUCACACGCUCACAGAUGUAUUGCAGUACCAGUACCGCCGCGGCAACCCAGGUGCGCCACUCCCAAAAGAAGGCCAGUCUUUUAGCGAAAAAGCCUUGGAGUUACUAAAGAGCUCGAUCAGCCCGACGGAUGUGUACUCCUUGCAGGAAAUUUUCCCUUUGAUAUUCACGAACAGAAGUAUGUUGAGCACCACAUCUACCUCGAGUGUGAAAGAGGGACUUGAAGAGAUGUUGUCAGUGCACAACGCCAGCCGGUGGGAGCUGGUACAGCUCCCCUCCGUUCAACGUGAUUGCCUUGAAAUUUUUAACCUCAUUGACAACGGCUUUCGAAAGGUUGCUGAGAUGUGCAAGGAUUGCCUGCCAACGGUGCUCUUUGUGUCCUACCAAAAAGGUCCUACGUCGUCGCUAACUUUCGCACGUAUUCUUUCUGCGUUUUUCCCCUAUUUUGAGCGCUUUCAGUUGAGUGAAAUGAAGCACAUUCGCCGGGAAAACCUUGCACGUAUAAGGCAGUUUGAUCUAGAGUUUUGCUUAGCUUAUUGGAACGAAACUCAUCAAAGACGAGAGCAACGUGACCGACUUCACGGCUCUCGUACCGAAAUUCAUGGGAGACGUGUCGCCGUCAACUCAUCACCAAGGUCAUUGCCUUUAAGAUAUAGUAGCACCAUAAAAGGGGAAAGGUGGCCAUCUACUUUAGUUGAGAACCCCUCAAUGGCGACUGAUUUGUUGAAAUUAUCGCCUGAAACCACGGAUAUCUCCAAUCAAAACCUUGAUUUGUCUCCAACUGAGGUAAUGGGGCGAACUAAGGGAAGGGAUGCAACACAGGCCGUUAAUUCCUUAGCUGCGUCUCAGUUUUUAAACAAUUCCCGGAGGCCUACGACGAAUGGAAGAAGCCGAACGCCCAAAAAGUAUUUGAUUCACAGAAUCGCACGGGAAGAUGCAAGCGCAGAGAUGAAAGAAUUUCAAAAAAAAACGUUAGAGGAAAGAAAGCGGCGACGCCGAAAUGAAGAUUCAAUUUACUUGUUGGUAGUAAAGGCCCACCAGGAUGCUGCCGCGACGCGUAUACAGGCCCUUUUUCGAGGUUCGCGUGUACGUGCUCAAAUGCCAUUAUCAUCGCUGCGUGCUGGGAAGGAGAAACUUCGGUUAAACUCCUUGUUAGAGCUUUUUACCACCCUCCAAUCUUUUCCCGAGAGCCUCCCACCACUUAUCCAGAUUUGCGCUAAUCGACUGCAGAGCCUACAUGGGGACCUUUUUGGUAAUUACAACUUAAGCGCCCCACCCCAACCGAAGGGGGUGACGAUUUACGUUCCCUCUCGUCGUACUAUUUGGUCCUCUAGUGCUUCCUGCACGCGCCCAGGUUCAGGUUGUAUGAAUAAUGACUCCGAGGAGACGAAGGAAAAGGACGUGAAAGAACAUAAAGACGAGGGAGUUAUAGAGGUCGAAAGCGAGACCGAAGAAUGGAAGGCGGAGACGGUGCUGGUGCCGUCACGGCGGCAUACGCAGCUCCGUCCGCAUUUCAACCCUCUGCAUCGUCUCCUAGAAUGCUACAAACUUGCCGGCUCUCGGAUCCUUAUAGAGGCGACUGAGCUCAUGACGCAGUGCACCGGCAUGACCAUGCUGCAACAGCAAGCCUACGAUAAGCUUAAAUCGGUCAUGUUGGAUCUGAUGCAUGUUUCUUACACCGAACUUUAUCACCGGCAAAAACUUUCCACAUUAAAUGACACUUCUUUCUCAACCUACAUGCAAAAUUACCAUGACGAGAUCCUUGCGUGGUUUUCGCGCCCCCACCUUGUUUCCCUUGCGAAUAAGCACACAGCUCACACAGGGUCACCGGAGCCUGUCGAGUAUACUAACUUUUUUGCGUCGACUACCAACUGCCUGAAUCGAAGCACAUCGCCGUUACCUCCUGUCCUGACUACGGAGGAAUGUAUUCAAUAUGAGAGAAUGCUUGUCUGUGGGGGCCAUGGUUCUGAAUGUGACGAAGGCCUGCCAAUCAAGGCGGAAGACGAGGAUGCGAUUCCUAAAUCGAACUUCAAAAAAGAGCUAUGGGCAAGGCUUGCCUCUAAAGUCUACUGGCUCGCACCUACCGCUUCCCUGAUCACUCUAGGUGAGGUGUUGAAGCAUCUAGUUUACCAAGAGCGGUCCACUUCUAGAAGGCGGGAUGAGUGCUUCAGUGACGCGAAUCCAGAGAAACCAUCUUCACCGUGUAAGGAGUCCGAUCACGAAAAGGUUGAUAUCCUUUGGUGCAACCUUUGUACGUACCCGGCGUGCUACGUUGAUUAUGAUCUUUUCCUUUUAGUGCCGCGGCAAAGUAAGCAGCAGUUAGAGGGCUGUGCGGCCUACGAUGAGUAUGUGAUGCGUCGAAAAGUCGUGCGAAACCCUAAAUAUUCUGAGGGAACCUCCGAUGCCACAAAAGAACAAUCCGUGAAAGCUGACAAAACGGAUUCUGGUACACAGGCUAACCAAACGAAACUACAGAAGUCAGCAGUGAUUACCCUUGAGUUGCCUCAGCCGAGCAACUGCUUUCGAUGCAGCUUAGUCAAUGAGGAUGCGCAUCUGAUGAGUUUCUUGUUAAAGAAUAAGGGUAAAGAAGGGCUUACCCUUAAUCACUACACCCCCGUUUUGAAUGAAGCACGUUACCCCUGUGUGCUCAGUGGAGUUCCGCGGGCCCCAGGAAGGGGUGCUGGAGGCCAAGGUAAAGUUCCUGAACCUCAGCCACAACUCUUUUCAGUACACACCGUAAAGUCUAGUCAGUCCCUUCAACCGCAGUUCUACACCUUCCGGAAGCGGGAAAAUGAGGUUAACCACCGGAGCCAAUCCCUUUCUUUCACGCGGGAAGAGCGUGGGUUUGGGUUGGACCCGUCAUCGCCGUUGCGAGAACUAGCACAGUGCGCGUCACCCACCAUCUGUACAGAGCUGUCGGGCUCGCCGAAGGUCGACCCCCUCACCUUGACUCCAGAAACGACUUCGGACAGUAUCGUAGAGGAAAGCAUAGAGGCGUGGGGGGGAUGGCUACGCACUCCGCACGAUGCGCUGCGGGAUCUGGCGGCCUCCUUCGAGGCGUCUGGUGCCGGUGGCGUCACUUUGAGUUACCUCCGCCCAUGGAUUCCCCCGCUUCCGAUGGGAAACACAUGGUUGAGGUUGUAUGAAAAGCUGGUCUACACCAUCCACGCGCGGUUAGCUGCAGGAGACGUCGUCGUGCUGGGAGCGGAUAUGGGGGAGCAUCAGACGAUUUAUGUCGCUUCGACGCUUUUGAUUUCCACAGCGCUCGGUUAUGAAACGUUUUUCCUGCCCAACGUGGUUGAGGAGGCCAGACAUCCGCCCGCUUCACAUUUCACCGAAUCGGUGAAGUACCUCGGUGCGGAGCUAUCAUUUUUAAACGACUUUCUGGAGCUGCUCUCGCACCACUUCUCGAAAGUAAACAUUUCACUGCACGAAAGUGUUAGGUUAGUCGACACAAUCUUGCAGACGCUGCACGCGAGGUGCAGCUUCUCCUUCACGUUGGACACCAUCGCAAAACGUAUUCGAGCCGCUGAACGGCAGCCAUCGCGCGACACAUGCAGAAAGCUGAUCCUGUCGGUCGUGCGAGAUACCGAGCAUUAUUGCUGGUUGAUUCUUUUCGGUAUUUUUUCCGAGUUGUCAUUCACCAAAACCACGUCGAUACCCUUUGGCAGGUUGUCGCCGAUGUCUUUUGAACAUUUUGUGCGUGGAAUUCCUAACACGCUCCGCUGGAUUCACUCCAUUGAUCCUUGGUUCCACACCCCAGAGCGUUGCCCAGAUUCCACCCACCUGCGCUACUCUAACGGUCUUCGCAGAUGGGAUAGUGAAGAUUACAUCUGUUUUGGUGUUGUGUGA